GAAACGGCAAAGUGGGAGAAGAUUACUUAUGCUGGCAUUACCACCUGCACUAUUUUGACAAUCUAUAACCUUUCCAAAGGCCAUCAGCACCAUGAAGAACCCCCUCCAUAUCCGUAUCUCCACAUCCGCAACAAGGAGUUUCCCUGGGGUAUGUCACUAUAUCUGCGUCUAUUGGCUGUUUAA